GUAAACAGGAAACGCAAACCAGCGAUAAUAAAAAUAACGGACUAACAAAUACCUCUGUGUCAGUAGAAGUGAUGGAGGAAUAUAACCCUGGAGAUGAGGUUGCCUUCAAUGCCGAUGAGGUCAAUAUCUCAAUUAAAGAGUGUGUGGAAGGUGUUAUUGGUGGAACAGAUUACAACCAGAAUAAAGUGAACCAGUGGACGGCCAGUAUCGUGGAGCACUCUCUGACUCACCUGGUGAAACAGGGGCGGCCGUUCAAAUACAUAGUAAACUGUGCGAUCAUGCAGAAGAGCGGCGCUGGUCUCCACACAGCCAACUCCUGCUACUGGGACACUACCACUGAUGGAAGCUGCACAGCCCGGUGGGAGAACCGCACCAUGUACUGUGUGGUCAGUGUGUUUGCUGUUGCUGUGACGCUGUGAGCUGCUUUCUCUCCGCUCACUCCAUCAUGUGUGAAGCUUGAAAUGGCACCGUGACCAAGAAGAUCCUCUGAUGAUACCCCCCGUUUGUAGAGUAUUUCUCCCCACAGGCUGAAACAACCGCACGCCAUGAUAAAGAGUCGUGGUUUUAGUCCACGGCAUUUCUCUGAGAAAAUGUGGAAUUCUAGGGACCUGGUGACCUCAAACAUUCAUGUACUUUGAUUAGACGGCCAGUCUUCGGAAGUGAAAACUAAAUGUCUUCUCUCUUUAUGUCCGAAAUGUUCUUAUCUGUGCAUAAUGUAAAACUGUAAUAGUUUAUAGCCAUGCCACCAUGAAGGCUCUGGGGAUGGCAGUGUCCAUUUUUGGAGUAAAUGUAAUGAAAUGUGCUACACACACACAUUCAAAUCCUCCUCAGGAUACACUGCAAAACUGUAGUGCUUAAGACGAGCUGCUAACAUGGCGGUAGACUCUUCAUCUCGUCUUCAGUACAUUCCCAAAUGAAACAGAUGCCGUCUAGAAAGUUUGGUAUUGAAGAAAACGCUAAAUAGCUACCGGACUUCUUGUAUGAAGUGGCUCUACUAGUCUGUAUUAAUGUUUUAAUGAUUUAUAUUUAUUGCAGAUAUGUGUGUACAUUUUUCAGUAUGAUGGAGUUUAAUGGUCAAAGAGACUAAUGCACUUUUCCUGGAAUUCUUCCGUAGAAAUCCUGAAAUUCUUCUGUAAAAUUGAGUUAAUGAAGGCUGUGUAAUAAAUUUAUUUAUUGUAACAUCUACAGUGCAUUCGUUAAUUGUUGCAUCUGAGUGAGAGUUGAUCCCUACAAACUGAAUGUGACGGACACAAAAGGUGCAGUUUGGUUUUCUGUCCACUAGAGGUCAGAACUAUAUUUGGUAACUGCUUCGGCUGAAAAUAAGACAAAUCUGAGAAUUUUCACAUAUAGAUAAAAAUGUAUUUGAAUUUUUAUUAAUUAGGAUUAUUGUUUGAAUGCCUUUUAUCUUGUUCUUUUGAGGAUGCUCCUUGUGUACAAUAGAUUUCUCAUCUUUUUUGGCUCAUCUAAUUUGUACAAACAUAAGGAGCACUCGUUUGAUACCCGAGGUUUUCAUCCCUCUGCAGAUACAUUGCAAAAAGGACUAGGUGCAAAAACAAACCACACUGACAUUCUCUCCCUUGUACACACACCAUUUCACAAUAAAGGUUGAAAAUAAGCAAAGA